GAUGGCACAGAGGUGUUGGUAUUCAGAGGUGAACAAGGUAUUGACAAAAGUGGCACACAGAUAAUGAAACGUGGUAAGACCAGCAAACUCGUGUACUCAAAGGGCUCACCUGCUCUGAGAGAAUACAAGGACCUUCUAAAGAAAAUAAAAGAGGUACCUACAGAUCCUGACACUAGAAUUGGAAGUGAUGAAUCACUUUAUGAGGAUACUAGAGAAGAGCCGCAAUUUAAUGCCAGUGGUGAGGAAUACGCUGACCGUGAGAACAUUGAGUUAAUAGAUAUAAGCGCAAAACUAGGAGAUCUUCCAGGGCUAACAAUGCAAGAAAACAAUGAACUGAGAGGUGUACUUAACCCACCUGAUGGAUCAAGCAUAGAAGGCAGAACAGGUCCCAAUGGAGCGUUACAAAUACAAGCUGACUACUUUAACGAAGCUAUUGGUAAAACAACGGAACUGGCCACUGAAGCUGAGGGUACAACUGAGUAUAAUUCCCUUAUAGAAAGAAUUGACAGUUUGAAGGAACCUAGAGACAGGACACUAGAGCAGAGAGUAGUAGAGGAAGCAAGAGAGGCACAGUUGGAAGAUAUUUCUAGAUUACGUAGAUUUAUAGACUGGGUAGGAAAGGAGAAAGUGGGACUUGCAGGUAUAGCAGUGUCAACAGCAGGUUUAAUUACAGCCUUAUUGAUCCAUGCUAGGGGAGCCCUUGUGA